AUGGUGACGAGUAGCUUUUUCUCUGCCAGUCGACUCAACGAAACUUCAGCACUGGACCCUCAUCAACUCGACUUGGGUCCAUGCGACCACCUGUUCGGUGGGUCGCAAGCCGCCUUCUCAAUCAGUCCGAUCGACUACAAUAAUCGCAUCAGGUUCCCUGGGAUAAUAAAUGUUUCAUCAUCUGGGCUCCGAACGAAGUGGAAGAUUCGUCAGGUUGGUCAUUGGUAG